AUGGCACAAGCGCCGCUGUCCGCCGAAUCCGCCGAGACAAAGGGAGCGGGACCGCCAGAGAUGGAGGGAGAGGCGGAACAUGCCUGGCCCGAGAUGAGCACGACUCGGCAGGUCCUGCUGGUCCUCACCAUGACGAUGUGUAUGAUGCUGAACAUCAUGCAAGUCCAGUCCGUCCAGCUCGCCCUUCCGACUCUCGGCGCGGACCUGAAUAUCCAGACGACGAACCUCCAGUGGCUGAUCUCCUCGUACUCGGUCGCGUUCGGAGGAUUGCUUCUGCUGUUCGGGCGGUUAGCGGAUAUUUAUGGUCACAAGAAGGUAUUCAUCGGCGGCAUGAUCUGGUUCGUCAUCUGGUCGAUCGCAUGCGGCUUCGCCCAGAACGAAGUCUCGAUCGACUUCUUCCGAGCGAUGCAAGGCGCAGCACUCGGUGCUGCGAUCCCUUCUGCGCUCGGCAUCCUCGGCUCGUCGUUCCCCCCUGGACAGCGGAAGACGACAGCAUUUGCGCUCUUCUCGGCUGGUGCGCCAAUGGGCGGCAGUCUCGGUGCUGUUAUCGGCGGAGUCCUGACGGAGUACGCCGCCAUCACCUGGCGCGCCGUCUUCUUCGUCUCGACGGGUAUCGGCGCUCUGAUUGGCAUCGCGGCGCUCUUCCUCGUCCCGCCCGAUCACGCGAAAGACAAGAGCUUGACGGUCGAUUGGAUCGGCGGUGCUCUCAUUACGAGCGCCGUGACGUUGUUGACGUUUGCACUGGCGGACGGAGAGGGCGCGCCGAACGGGUGGCGCACGCCCUACAUCCCCACUCUCCUCGCCGUCUCGAUCAUCCUCUUCGUCGUCUUCUGGUACUACGAGCGCCACCUCGAGUUCCGCACGCCCCAUCCGCCUCUCAUGCGCACGUCGAUCUGGUUCAAGGGCAGGUUUGCGAUCGUGCAGCUCAUCGGAGCGCUAGGUUGGAGCUGCUUCGCGAGCUACAUGUUCUUCUGCUCUCUCACCUUCCAGGACUACAUGCGUCUCGAGCCGGUCCUCGCGACCGUCCGCUUCCUUCCCUCCAGCAUCACCGGCCUUAUCCUCAAUCUCAUCGUCGCCCUCCUCGCCUCUCGCGUGCCGGCGCACAUCCUCAUCACAAUCGGCUGCCUCGGCACCGGUCUUGCGCCGCUUUUGUUCGCGGUGCAGAACUAUGACGAUACGUACUGGCAGUGGCAGUUCCCGGCAAUGAUCCUGAGCGUCUUCGGUGCCGACUUCAUCUUUGCGUGCGGCAUCUUGUACGUCUCGCACGUUGCUGGGCACGGACACCAAGCCCUCGCGGGCAGUCUCUUCAACAUGUCGACUCAGAUUGGAACGGGUAUCGGGCUGGCUAUCAACACGAUCGUCCAGGACAAGGUCACCGCCCGCGCGACUCGCGACUUGGGGAUGGUUUACGACCCAAACGCCCGCAACACUCCCCUCGAAGCGAUCCACAAGGGCCUCAACGCCGCAUUCUACACCUGCUCAGGCUUUGCGUUCCUCGCGACGCUUAUUAGCGCGACGUGUCUCUACGGGAUUGGGAAGGUUGGGCAUCGGGAGAAGAAGGGCGUGCGGGAGGAGGACGAGAAGGAGGAGGUAUAG